AUGACACAACAGAGUGAUGUAUUCCUAAGAUUUCUCCCACCUUUGGAGAUAUUCGAAGGAGCAGAUGAUUCAAGUAAAGCAGAAGAAUGGAUUAGAUUAGUGAAAAGAUUGAAGGAAUUAGCCUCAAUGAACGACAAUGUAAUUUUGGCUAUCGCUUCCUCCAUAGAUGAAGAAAUCAAAACUUGGAAGGAAUUUGAAGACAAACUCACUGCGAAACUCAUGAAGAACCGAGUGACUGAAGCUUGGGAAAUGAUCAAAACUAUAAAACAAGGAGAGCAUCAAGAUUGUGCUGAAGUUGUCGACAUUUUGAACCCAUUGUUUAAAACGGUAAAACUCACAAAUAAUGAUUUUAAAGUUUCCUUCUUCAUAGCCUCAGUCAAACCAAACAUAGCAUAUGAGUUAGCACGAGAAAAAUCAGGACUCAAAACAUAUCAAAAAGUUACAGAUAAAGCCAUCGAAAUCGAAAAGCUACAGAAAAAGUACAAACAAGGUAAUUCACAGUCAUCAGUAGUCCAAGAAAAAGAAAGUUCAAUUUGAUGUUGAACGUAUCGACGUUCAUCACGAGAACCAGAACACCAAAACAAACAAUAAUAGUCAUAAUGAAUCAGACAUUAGUGAGAGAAGAAUAUCAGCCGACUCGUUAUCAGAACUCAUUAAUGCAGUGAACAAGCUCAAUAUUAAUCUGGUGCAACAUGGAAAUAGAAAUUAUCAGCCUCACUGACUGAGUCUAGUCCCUGAGAAGAGACCACUUGUGCGUUGGAACUGCAACCAACCUAGUCAUCCCAGUCGAUUGUGUCCAGUUUCCCAUGAACAGGGUAACCAAAACAAUAAU